AUGGUCACGAUGGGCUCUACUGAUCAUGAAAUGAGCAUCACCGUCGGUGUGUUGGCCCUCCAAGGCGCCUUCAACGAACACGUGCAGCUAUUGAGACAGGCAGCUCAGAUAUUGGCCACCAAAGACAAAGAUAUUGUCCAAAGAAACUGGACUUUCAAGGAGGUCCGCACCGAGGAGGAAUUGAGUUCAUGUGAUGCCCUGAUCCUCCCUGGAGGGGAAAGUACAGCAAUAUCGUUGGUUGCACAGAGAUCAAAUAUGCUGGAACCUCUUCGAGACUUUGUCAAGGUCAAAAGAAAGCCAGCAUGGGGGACAUGUGCAGGUCUCAUACUGCUUGCCGAGUCUGCAAACAGGACAAAGAAAGGAGGCCAAGAGCUCAUUGGUGGUCUUGACGUCCGAGUCAACCGCAACCAUUUCGGACGUCAGAUCGAGAGCUUUGAAGCCAACCUAGAUCUGCCAUUCCUCAAGCAGGCCGAUGGGGAGAGUCUGGAUGCAAAUCAGACACCUUUCAGAGCUAUCUUCAUCCGAGCCCCAAUAGUGGAGAGGUUAUUACCAACAGUAACUGGCAUCCAGGAGGGAGAAGCGAAGAUUGAUGACACGGUCGUUGCACCGUCAAGGGAAAUCAACCAGGAGGCAGCCAGGAGUAUUAAUAUUGGAAAUGUUGAGGUUAUGGGCACGUUACCAGGUCGCACUACCGUGAUCAAAGAUGAUGCAACGAAAGAGAAGUUGGAUGCCGAGGCUGGAGAUAUCAUCGCUGUCCGCCAAGCGAAUGUGUUUGGGACGAGCUUCCAUCCCGAGUUGACAGGAGAUCCCCGGAUACAUGUCUGGUGGUUGAAGCAAGUUAUAGAGGCAGUACACAGGAGGAGGAUUUCUUGA